AGAAAGGUGACGUAUGCACGAUGAUCGGAACAGAGUUAAGGAGUGACAGCCUCAAUCCUAAAACCUGGAAGUAGGCAGAGAUGGCGAGACGUGAACUGUGACUCGCCCUUGCAGCAGCUCGGCCUCACCUGGCGUCCGCUCGCUGCCAGAACCCACCUGCAGCCGCAGCCAGCACGCCGUGCGCCUCGUCAAGUGACGACAGCAGCCACACCGCCCACUUGGUGCAUUUCAUCGGUGGCAGACUAUACAUGGCGUUGAUAAAAUGAAGUUUGCUCCUAGCUGCCAUUUGUUCAGUAAACGGGCCCCAUACCUUCUCACCUGGAUGAGCGGAGGCUGAAGAUGCAAAGAAGAGUGCCUUUGGACAAAGUAGUCUGGAUCGCCAAGUAUGAGACAGCUGGAGGUCGUCGUUUCUCACAGAUAUCGGGGAAUUCAGCCUCCAGAAAACCCACACCCUCUCAAAAAAGCUCAUGUCCUCCCCAAAGAUCUGUCCAUCGACGAAAUUCGGAUCCUAAUUCCUGGCCCACAAAAUCCUUCGAGCUCCUCAACAAAGAUAGGGUUCGCGCAGCAUCGGCCCAGCCAAGAACUCAGGUCAGCGGAGACAUCAGUGAAAAAGCGAAUACUUCGACGGGUUACAAUGAAUGGACGCCUGUACCCUCCGUGGAGAGUGGUUUGGUUAAGAAAACGUCUGACACUAUCCAGGUGUCCGUGCAGGACAUGGUAUCGUCUUCUUCACGCAGGUCCUUGUCGUGUAAAGAAGAUGCUAGCUCUUCCAUGCGGAUAUCGUCUGCCUCGACGUCGCAGGGGGUCAAAAGCAGUCGGAUGAAGGGUCAACGAGUCCUGUCCAUCGACUGUGCCACGCUGUUUGCCAACGAGACAUGGUACAAGAAAGGUCGCAAAUACCUGUCCAACCGACGCAGCUACCUUGCCGACGUCUUCAAUGAUAACACCGACGAUCUUGAAAUGAUGUGUGAGCGCCUAUGCAACCCCACUGCUUCUUCACGUGCUCGCCAGGUCGUGCAGCGCCAUCGCCGUUCGGCCAGCAGCAGGGACCAUGUAUCGUCUACCGAAAACAACUCCAACUCCUUCGUGAUGGACCCGCAUCGCGUCACAGGCUCUCGCAGUGUGGGGGAGAGAGAGAUGAAGGCCAGUGUAGCCAGGCCGAGUCAGGGGAGAUCGCCGGAUGUCUUCAUCAGAAAGACCCCUCGUGACUUUACUGCCAUCAAUAACUCUGGUUGGAUGAAAAUAGAGUCUUUUGCCGAAUAAAAGCUGUGCAAAUAACGUUCCUAUUCGCAGUUUAUUCCCAGAGACAGGUGGAAAUUAAUGACUCGCUUGCUCUGUGAAUGCACUUGAACACCUGCGAUGUGCCUCAGAACGUUUGGGUGGUGGGAGGGAGGGGAAAAAGGACGAGACGAUACCUUUUUGAAGUUUUUAGAAAAUAAUUUAUAUACAUGUCUUUUUUUAGAGGGAUAAGUACUUGUCAUAUCCCCCUUUUUUACGUUUGAUUUAGACAAGAGUAGUCGUGUUACUGAAUAAAUGUAUCCCAAGAUGUC